AUGGCCAAGGUUUACCGACUCCUUGCCGCUAUAUCAACAGAUGCAUGGUUCUCCCGCACCUGGACCUUCAUGGAACGACUCUCAGCGCCACAUAUGCGUCUGUUGCUACCUUGUGACGCCAGUUUCUUUGCCGAUACGAAUGCGCCAGGACUGAUGCCCGAGCUGGAGCUCAGCCUAAACAGUCUUCGGUGUCUUUGGGCCAAGCUCGACAAGAUGGUUGAGGGUUACGCGCUCCAGAAAGAUCCGGCUUAUAUAGAAACGCCUUGUGACAUCUUUUACCGAUUCAAGAACCUUCUUUCGUCACAAUAUUUGACCGAGUUUAGCACACCACCUUGGAGCCAACAGGUUACUUUUCGCAAAGUCACAGACGUCUUCCACCUUAUAGAGCGACACAAUAACACCGUUCUCUCAGAUCGCCUACUUGUCUUAGGAUACCUGUGCGGGUUUUCUAGACGAUUAGAGACGAAUUUGUUCAACCAUUGCCGUUAUAGUUAUAGUACUUGCGUGUUCGCGCUUCUCCUCAUGAAUGGCUUUCUCAUCAACGCAGAAGAGACACUAGCAGGCUCGUUCCUUUGGAAUCAUACUCUGCAUGAGAUUCUUUCUGAUAGCUGUUAUGCAAAUCAAACAGGUGCAUACAUUCAGUUCUCGCUUGAUCAAGAAGAUGUCAGUGAGACCUUUGUAGAGAACAUCCGGGAUAUUGUAAAUAAAAUUUAA